UCAAAGCGUCAGCAACGCGUCAAGUGCAAUAAAUAUUUCAAAUGCAAAUUUUAAUGGAAUAGAAAAAAUUACAAAAAAAAAAAUAAAAGUGGAUUGUCUCAAAUCAGCAUUUGAGAUUCAUUCGUACACUUUUGCACCGGACUUUGAAGAGCCUGUAGCAGCAGCACGACCACCUCCACCACCACAACCGCAAGCGCCGUUGUCCAAAAUCCACACAUCCACUAUGAAACGUUUCAACUGUUUUAGUUUGCGUUCAUUUGGCAUUGUUGUUGCCGGUUUUGAUAUCAUUGUGGCCGUUUGUACGCUGGCACUUUGCUCCUACUAUUUGUGGACGGAUAUUGUGCAUGUGUCGUAUUGGCCGCAGGAUGAGGUGAAAAUAUUGAGUCCGCUAAGUAAUUUCAUUGCAACAGUAGUUGACUAUGUGCUCGUACACAAUUUCUCAAAUGCAUUCUAUAUGGUCUUGGCUGUUACUGUUUGGGUGAAGUCUUUGAUUAAUUUAGUAGUCGCUUCCAUGCUCAUGGAUGGUAUAAGAAAGCAACGUCUUGUUUGCAUUGCUCCCUGGCUUAUAAACACCAGCAUUUCGAUGGCUAUUGAGAUAGCGGUUUUCAUUUUCAUGGAAAUCAAAAUGAAUGAAUUCGAAGAAGAAAUUGCAUUGGAUCGACGCAUUGUGCACAGUGUCAUUUUUGGUGUAUUUAUGGUUUUCAAUGCGCUUUCGGUGUUCGGAAUUUUUGCAUUGUACAAAAUGCUCAAGGCCACCGCCAACGAGAAUCGUACGCUACAGGAGAGUAUUGUGGAAGCAGCUGGACUCUAUCAGCAUGUUAAAGUUUAAGCAUACUUAUGUAUGUAAAUUUUGCCGCAAUGGAGAGGCACCUUAUCGUAAACAGAUUGCAGCAUUUAGUGGCAUAGCAAAACAGUAAUUGGGUCAUUGGCGUGAUGUUGUUGAAAAAUGCAUUUAUUGAUUAAAAAGAAAAUGUAAAAAUCUUUAAAAAUUCUCAAAGUGAAUAAAUAAAAGUGGUAUUAUGAGAUAAAGUCAAUGUAAAUAAAGU